CUGCCGCCGCUGCGCGCCGGGCCCGGUGCCCUUCUCCCUCCUCCCCUUAUUUUCCCCACUGGCCUGAACCUGGCGCUGCGAUGGCUCCGGCCGCUGACCGGCAGGGUUACUGGGGUCCGCCGACUUCCACCUUGGAGUGGUGCGAGGAGAACUACGCCGUCUCCUACUAUAUCGCCGAGUUCUGGAACACAGUGAGUAACCUGAUUUUCAUUCUACCUCCAAUCUAUGGUGCGAUUCACACCUACAAAGAAGGCCUUGAGAAACGCUAUUUAGCUGCAUACUUGUGUCUUACAGCUGUGGGAUUGGGAUCUUGGUGCUUCCACAUGACCCUGAAGUAUGAAAUGCAGCUGUUAGAUGAACUGCCAAUGAUAUACAGCUGUUGUGUCUUCGUCUACUGCCUGUAUGAAUGUUUCAAGUACAAGAACACAGUCAAUUAUCCACUGCUCUUCUUGUUAAUAACCUACAGCUUCGUAGUCAGCAUAGUUUACUUGAAUUUGAAGGAACCGGUAUUCCAUCAGAUCAUGUAUGGCACACUGGUGUCCAUCAUAGUUCUACGAUCUGUGUAUAUAGUGCUCUGGGUAUACCCGUGGCUCAGAGGGCUGGGCUACACAUCUCUAACUGUCUUUCUAAUGGGAUUCUUCCUCUGGAAUGUGGACAACAUCUUCUGUGAUAAAUUGAGAGCACUGCGAGAGAAGAUGCCUCCAGUUGUGGGAGCUGUGACCCAGUUCCAUGCAUGGUGGCACAUUCUGACAGGCCUGGGCUCUUACCUCCACAUCCUGCUAAGUUUAUACACAAGGACACUCUUCCUGAAGCACAGGCCAAAGGUGAAGUUUGUUUUUGGAAUCUGGCCUGUCCUCCUUGUGGAACCACCCAAGAAGCUUUGACCAAGCACCCCAGCAGUCGCACACCACCACCUAGCCCUGGCCGAACCAAGCGAUUCAGCAGUUAACUGUGGCUUGAAGUGUCACAAUUAUGGAUCAAUUCAAGUCCCUUCCCUAUGACAAGGACUUCUCUGUGCUUCUAGGGCCAGCUGGCCAGCACAGAGCACAGAGCUGGCACACCAGGGGAAUAAUGUUUAGUACAGCUUUAUUCUAAGUUGUUAAAACAAAGAUCUGAGAGCCAAUACAUUAUUUUUUCUGUACAUAA